AUGCUUCAAUCGCUGGAUGUAGGUGCAUGGUCACUUCAAGUGAUCCGUGAGAGCCUCGCUGCCGACACCCUUCCCUCGGACUCGGCCGAGCCUUCCCCAGAGGCCAACGCUGAGCUCCGCAGGGAUGGGGUCCUCUCUAAGGAGUGUCAUGGUGACGAUCAACUAUUCGAGGUUUGCGUCGAAUACUGCGGCCGCUACAACGACUGUUGCUACCCCACUGGCCUGGCCACUGUAGUGAAGGCCUGUCGGGGCAUCAUCGAGGAGGACCCCUCGAUGCACCUCAUGCUGCUUAUCCGUUGUAUAACACAUCACCUAUGUCGUCAUCCCAAGAUCAGCCUCGUUCGAGCCGUCAUGGGCUACUUCAACGUACCCGAUGAGAACACUGAGGCAAUGGAGGAACUAGUUGUCACCGGCCUGGCAUCGGCGUGCACGACGUGGAAGGCAGCUCUACGACUUUGGGCAAGCCUCAUAGUCUCAGAGCAGUCGUCAGCCACGGUCCCUCUAGUAGCUGCUGCUUACGUGACCGAGUUCGGCGUUACAGCUGGGCUGGAGGCUGAUGAUGUAGGCAGACUAUUGAGGAGCGCCGAGGCCUUCCGAGUUCCACAGACAUUCGUGGCCCAGUGGGACGGUAGCUGCGAUGGUGACGACGGGGCUGUCCUGAUCGUCGAUGCCAAGCUUGUCGCAACAGUAUUGCAGGAUGAAUUUAAAAGGGACGUCCGAGGGAAGGAGGAUGGGCAGGCCCUAGAGGGGCUCUUCGGGUACAGUUUAAGUGGUCAUCCAAUCUACGACACAGGGGCACCAUCAACCAGCACUGACGGUCAUCACUUCCUGCUCUUGGAUGCCCGUGGUAGCGACUGUGUAGCUCGCUGUGAGUCCCAGCCUGUGGUUGAAUCUUAUUGGAUCCAGCGGACCAUCCAGCCCAAGCGACGCCCUACUCUGCCCACCGAGGACUGGAUGAAGGAGCUGGACGAGCUCGAUGAUGAUAAUACGACAGCUGCAGCAGAGAGCAAGGGAAGUUCGGAGAAAGCUGCAGAGCCGAAGGUAGAGCACAUCCGCAAGGAGCGGCCUGUGGUAGUGCAUCGACUACGAGGCAAGUUCGCCAGCACAAUAGAUGGCGAUGCUGAUUACGAUGGUUCGACGACGCCAGAGAAGGAUGCCCUCCUUGGGAAGCUGUCAGCAGAUGCCUAUUCUGACAUGCACAUCAUCAUCAUCGGCGAAGGGCCUGCCCCCGACCCCCGCUCUUCCGUCAUGUUGCGCUGUUUGGCGUCUAUCAAGCACGUCAGUGUACUACGAGGAGGUUGGCCCGAAUUGAUAGCGGCACUGUGCGAUUUGGACAACUCUGAAGAGUUCCUCAACUGGGUAGCCUUCUGCAGCCCUUAUACGGCGAAGACGAUCCCUAACCGUCGCUCGGCAUCUCAAUCAAGUGCCACUAGCGCUUUGCUCAAGCCAGAAACGCUAGAGAGCCUACAAGUGAAUUGGGAGGAGUCCAAGAAGAAUAUGGCUAAGGGUUGGGAUGCUUUCGGUCGGAGUAUGAGUAGCGCCUGGAAAGACCUCGGUGCCGCAGCACAGAAGCAGAAAGCAACAGCAGCUACUGCCGCUGCACGUCAACGCAACGCGGCCACGGCAGAGUCCCAGGGCCUGGCAUCAGAGCCGACAGGAGCGCCUCCAUCUAGUUUGAAUUUCAACGCAGUGUUUACAGAACAGGACAAAGCCGCUAUCACGGAGAACAUGAAUAAGGCCAAGAACGUCAUGGCUGGAUGGAUAGCGAAAAGCGAUAAGUUCAUACACGAACAACAGGCUAAGCUGGCGAAGCAGCAAGAGGAGGCGAAGCGAGAAGAAGAGCGCAAGAAGGCGGAGACUGCCGCUAUCAUCGCGGCCAUGCAAGGUGAUGGCUCUUCAAGCAGCGGUGGUGGCAAGGAAGUAGGGCAGCAGAGAUCCCAGUCGAAGGGUGCCAAUGCAGCAGCGUCGAGGAAAGCGAACGAAGAGGAUGUUCUUUCGGAGGAUGGAGACGAUAAUAUCUUCGAGAUCGGGGACGAGAGCUCUGAUGAUGAGAACGAUGACGAUCUGUUGGACGAGGGCUCUCCCAAGAAGGAUAAGAAUCAGUCAUCCUCCGAGCAGUCCUGUUUACGAGAUGCCAGCGUGAUGGUCGGCAGCUUGCAACGACUACAGAAGGGCGAUGUGAUCUCUUGGAAGGAUGACUUGAUGCUGGCUGGAGCACGGAAGUUCUAUUGCCAGAAGCUAACACACCAGUCUAGGCUGGACACGAAGAAUGCUACCCCGCAGCCUGUUGAGACUACUGAACCCAAGAACUGGUGGAGCAAUGCGAAGAAGUUCGCCUCCAGUCUGGCAGCACCGUUCGACCCAGUGGUCCCUGUCGACCGAGUCAUUGUGCUUGUGCUCAACCAGCUGCUCAUUUGCGAAGACCUGGGGGAUUCCACGAUGAAGGUUAAGAGCAAUCACCGAGUGCAGCAGCUACAGCGAGUUAGCUUUGCUGAGGAUCAGCCGGACAGGAUAUCUUUCUUGUAUAGGAACUCCCCUAAAUACAACACUUACAAGUUGUUACCGAUGCAGGGGUCUGCCGAUAAGUCCACAAACGAGCAAUUGAUGGCGUGUCUAAAACAGCGACUCAGCAGCCUUAAUGUUGGCAUGCGGUUAACCGUCACUGAUGGCCCGCCUGCCCGUCCUCAAGUGCCCCAAGCAGAAGGGAAGAGCGAUCGCGGAGUCGACCAUGAUUUGCUCGACUGAAGAUCUCCCUUCUAUGAUACAACA